AUGCAGAACGAACGCAGCGCAGAGCCAGCCAUGUACGUGGAGCGCCCAUCGGGCCGGCCGACGAUGCAGGACGAAGCUCAGCCACAGGCGCCACUUCAGGCCAAUACGGACCUCGACACACGUCGAGUAUCUCGCUUUGCACAUCCUCAGCAUCAUAUCCAUCUGGAGGCAGCAGCCUUACGAGGAAGCCAGCGGACUCAUCCGAGCGGAUCUCCUGCUACAAGUAUCAACGCGUAUACCGACGGCCGCAGCCUUCUAGACCCGGUCUUGGCUUGGCACAAAGGUCAAGACAGCACAUCGCUCGCCGCAUCUGCGCAGCAACACCCCUUGCCACAAUCCAGGACCAUCAUUUCUCCGGAUCUCUGGACUGGUGAUUACUUCUAUUCGGGGGUGGACAGUACCGCCGCGUCAUCGCCACUGGGCGACUACAAGUAUCAAGCCCGCGAUUUUGCUCCAUCAUUGCUGGAGACGUCCAAGCCGCGCUUCAUGAAUCCACAAUCGCCAGAAAUGCAGACCCCUCCACUGAGCGCGCAUCCCUCUCCCAACAACGCAGCCAUGGAGGAGCAGACAUCCCGGAAGCGCUCACACUCCGUCAUGUCGUCCGGCGRGAAGGAUUUCCAACAGCAGAUGAUUGCGGCUGCCAAUGCACAUCAUGCCGUUCUUGCGAAUGGCGCUCGACCAGGAAGUCGUUCCGMAUCAGUGACUUCAGCUGGUGUCGAAACUGACGGGUAUUCUGGGAGAGGUUCCCGAGCCUUCAAGCGAGGCGAUCCUCCUCAGAACGAACACGGAAAGUACAUUUGCGAUUACACCGAGGAUUGCCGAAAUGUCACGUUUGACAGAAAGUGCGAAUGGAGCAAACACAUGGAUAAGCACGACCGUCCUUAUAGAUGUCCUCACGAGUCGUGUGGCAAGCUCCAAGGUUUCACAUAUAGUGGAGGUCUCCUACGGCAUGAGCGAGAGGUCCAUGGAAAGCAUGGCGGCCCAAAGGCGCAACUCAUGUGCCCUCAUGCUGACUGCAAACGUCAUGCCGGCAAGGGCUUCACGCGGAAGGAAAAUCUCAACGAACACCUACGAAGGGUCCACUUCAGCAGAAACCCCGACUCACAGGACGCUGGGCUUGGAGCAGAUGAAGAUGUCGAUGUCGACUCAGCCGCCCAGGACGCCAUUGCCGCACUGAAUGCAUCGGGCUCGGCCAAACGGAAACGUUCGCUGGAUGAUGACCUGGGCAAUACAUCGGACAUCACUCUUCUGAGGCAAGAAAUUGCAAUGCUUCGAGCGGAGAACGAUCGGAAGGAUGCGGUGAUUCAAGAACUCACUCGACAAUUGGCGCAUUAUUCGCAGAACAUCGAACAGGUCAUACAGGAAUCCGUCCCAGGCUACCAACAAGGUUAG